CUUGAAUUAUGCAAUUCUAUUCCAAAUCUGGUUUAUAAUUAAGGAUUAUCUGGAACAGAUGUUCAUCAAACCGCAGUUGAAAUAAGUACCAAGUAUAAGAAACUGUUUGAUAAAUUUUCUCAAUGCUACUAUAUUUUUUCUUCAAAAAUUAUUAUGACAACAGAAAAAUUGACUCUGCUAAAAAAAAAUAUUGAAGACUUAAUGCAAUAUUUUCGCGCAACUUUCCCUAAGGCUUCAGUUACACCUAAGCUUCAUAUGUUGGAAAAUCAUGCUGUCUCAUUUUUGAAAAAAUGUGGUGCUGGCUUUGGGUCUUAUGGUGAGAAGGGUGGAGAAUCAGUUCAUAUGGAGUUUAAUAAACUAAAAACAAUUUAUCAAUCAAUUCCAUCCCCAACAAUGCAACUUAAAAGUAUUUUAAAGUGUCACCAUCAAAAGACAAAUCCCAAGAACAUGCUACUUAAGCCAUGUAUAAAUAAAAGGAAAAGAAAGUAACAAAUGGCUUAUAACAUGAAGUAAAACGAAGAACUAUAAUGAGGAACUGUAUAAUGCAUACUAUU